AUGCUGCUGGCUGCGCUGCUGCUGCUGCUGCUACCGCCCCGCCCAGACCCCUGGUCUGCCUAUGGGCACCCACUGUACAUGCGCCUGCCCCCCAGCACCCUGCAAGUUCUGUCAGCCCAGGGGACCCAGGCACUGCAGGCUGCCCAGAGGAAUGCCCAGUGGGCAGUGAAGCGGGUGGAGAUGGAGAUUCAGCACAGACUGCACACCUGCAGAGGACCUGGACACCCCAGGCCUCAAGCACCCCUCCUCCAGGACCCACCUGAACCAGGGUCAUGUGGUGAAAGGAGCCCUGGAGCUGCCAACGUGACGCGGGCUCAUGGACGCAUAGUGGGGGGCAGCGCGGCUCCCCCCGGGGCCUGGCCCUGGCUAGUGAGGUUGCAACUCGGCGGGCAGCCUCUGUGCGGCGGUGUCCUAGUGGCAGCGUCUUGGGUGCUCACAGCGGCGCAUUGCUUUGUGGGCGCUUCGAAUGAGCUUCUCUGGACUGUGGUGCUGGCUGAGGGGCCCCUGGGGGAGCAAGCCCAGGAGGUGCCAGUGAACCGCAUCUUGCCCCACCCCAAGUUUGACCCGCAGACCUUCCACAAUGACCUGGCCCUGGUUCAGUUGUGGACACCAGUGAACCCCGCGGGUCCCGCGCGCCCCGUGUGCCUACCCCAGGGGUCCCGGGAGCCCCCAGCCGGCACCGCUUGCGCCAUUGCAGGCUGGGGAGCCCUCUUCGAAGACGGGCCUGAAGCUGAGGCCGUGAGGGAGGCGCGUGUCCCCCUGCUCAGCGCAGACACUUGCCAAAGGGCUCUGGGUCCUGGGCUGCGCCCCAGCACCAUGCUCUGUGCCGGUUACCUGGCCGGGGGCAUCGACUCAUGCCAGGGUGACUCUGGAGGGCCCCUAACCUGUUCGGAGCCUGGCCCCCACCCCAGGGAGGUACUCUUUGGAGUCACCUCCUGGGGAGAUGGCUGCGGGGAGCCAGGGAAACCUGGGGUCUACACCCGUGUGGCUGUGUUCAAAGACUGGCUCCUGGAGCAGAUGAGCGCGGCUUCCUCCACUCGUGAGCCCAGCUGCAGGGAGCUUCUGACCUGGGACCCGUCKGAGGAGCGACUGGCAGACGCCGCUCGGCUCUGUGCCUUCUACGCCCGGCUGUGCCCGGGAUCCGACGGCGCCUGUGCGCGCUUGGCUCACCAGCAGUGCCUUCAACGCCGACGGCGAUGCGAGCUGCGCUCUCUGGCGCAUACGCUGCUGGGCCUGCUGCGGGGCGCCCAGGAUCUGCUGCGCCCUGGGCUGCGGCGUCUGACCCCCGCCCUGGCUCUCCCGGCUCUGUGGCUCCGGCGGCCUCCGCGGCACCCCGUCCUCGAGCAGCGGCUACACUCAGGAUCCAGGGCUACGGGAGUGUGGUUCCAGAAGCCGAGGCCAGAGCAGCGCGGGGCGACGAACAGCUGCCCUGGGCUGGAGCCCCUGAGACAGAAGUUGGCUGCCCUUCAGGGGGCUCAUGCCUGGAUCCUGCAGGUCCCCUCAGAGCACCUGGCCAUGAACUUUCACGAGGUGCUGGCAGAUCUGGGCUCCAAGACACUGACUGGGCUCUUCAGAGCCUGGGUGCGGGCAGGCCUGGGAGGCCGGCGCGUGGUCUUCAGUGGCCUGGUGGGCCUAGAGCGGGCCACACUGGCUCGAAGCCUCCCCAGGCUAUUGGUAGAGGCCCUGCAGGCCUUCCGCCUGGCUGCCCUGGCAGAGGGAGAGCCCGAGGAGCCCCAGAUGGGUGUGAGGCCGGACCCAGGGCUGGGGAGGAAGGAACAGCACACACUCCACCCUCAGGUUCCCCCUGCCAGGCAGCCGUGGUGA